AUGGCCUUCUGGACACAGCUAAUGCUGCUGCUUUGGAAAAAUGUCCUGUAUCGCAGGAGACGGCCGAUCCAGCUCUUGGUGGAGUUGCUGGGGCCUCUGUUUCUCUUCUAUCUGGUGGCUGUAUGCCACUCCCACCCCCGACUGGAGCAACAUGAGUGCCACUUCCCCAACAAGCCGCUGCCCUCGGCCGGCACCCUACGGCUCCAGGGUCUCAUCUGCAGCAUGAACGACACCUGCUUCCCGCAAUCCGCGCCCGCCGAGCAGCCAGGUGUCCUCAGCAACUUCAAGGACACCCUCGUCCCCUGGCUCCUGGCAGAUGCCCACACCAUCCUUGGGGGUGGGGGAAGAGCCCACAGGAUGCUGGCCAGCCUGGGAAAGCUAAUGCCAGUGUUGAGGGCGGCGGGCGGGGCAGCCCGGCCUCAGCCGAGCGACCGGCUGCGGGACCACCUGCCCCUGACCACUGAGCUACUGGGGACACUGCUUCGCCAGCAAUCCCUGGGGUCUGGGCUGGACCAAACCCGGGAGUCCGUGAGGAGCUUCCUGGAGGCGACAGAGAACGUGGCCCAGGAGCUCCUGGCACUGCCCGGCCUGGUGGAGCCGUGGGCGCUGCUGCGGAGACCUCAGGGGACUAGCCGGCCCCUGGAGGCCGUGUCGGAAGUCCUCUGCGGUGCCAAGGGCCCCGGCAUCCGGGGGCCCUCCCUCGACUGGCAUGAGGCCACCCACCUGAAGGAGUUGGUGGGGCAAGAGCCCGCCCCGGGCCUGCCCGACAGCAGCCUGAGCCCUGCCUGUGCUGAGCUGAUGGGGUCGCUGGAAACCCACCCACUGUCCCUCCUGCUCUGGAGGCGCCUGAAGCUGCCAGUCCUAGGGAAAGUGGCUUCACCAGGCGGCUCACGGCCCAGGUUUUUGAAGAAGUUAGCGUUUCCCAGAUUGCGGGCAGAGGAACAGAAUGCACCAGUGCUCAGAGCCACGGGCUGGAGCAAAACGGGAGAGGGGAACCGGACCUUCUAGAAGCUGGCUCCACUGAAGGGCCUCCAGGAGGCGUGGGGUGUGCUGGGACCCCAGCUCUUCAACUACUUGAACGACAGGACAAACGUGGCCAUGUGGCAGUGUGCGACCCUGGACAAGCUGGAGGCGGCACCCUCAGAGGCAGCCCUGAUGGCGCGGGCCCUGGAGUUGCUCGCGGAGCACCACUUCUGGGCCGGCAUCGUCUUCUGGGGCCCGAGGGCUUCGGACCCCGCACAGCUCGCGGGCCCUGGUCACCCGCGCAUCAAGAUCCGCCGGGAUAUCGACGCCUUCGCGAGAACCAAGAAGAUCGGGAACAGGUUCUGGGACCCGGGCCCGGCUGCUGACCUGACAGACCUGCGCUAUGUGUGGUGUGUCAGCGGCACCGAGGCCCGUGCAGGCCUCUACCCGCAGCAGACGCCCUCCCCGUGCUACGCGGAUGACGCGGUCCUGCGUCUACAGAGCCGGUCGCUGCCGCUUUUCCUGACCUGGAUCCACUCCGUGGCGCCGGCGGUGAAGGCCGUGGUGCGAGGGAAGGAAAGGCUGCAGGCCCUGGGGCUCGGCAGCGCGGUGCUGUGGCUCGGCUGGUUCCUCAGCUGCCACUCGCCCUUCCUCGGCAGCACGGCGCUGCUCGUGCUGGUGCCCAAGCUCGAGGACAUCCUCCCCCGCAGCCACCCGGCCGUGGUCUUCUUGCUCUUGGCGGCUUUCGCCGUGGCCACCGUGGUCCAGAGCUUCCUUCUGAGCGCCCGCUUCCCCCGCGCCGACCCGGCGGCCGCGUGAGGCCUGGCCUACUUCGUGCUCUGUCCGCCCUACGUGCUGUGCGUGGCCUGGCGAGACCAGCUGCCUGCGGGUGGUCGUCCCCACCGCAGUCUUCUGUCGCCUGUGGCCUCUGGGUUCGGCUGCGAGAGCCUGGCGCUGCCGAAGGAGCAGGGUGAAGGCGCCCAGUGGCACAGGGCGGGCACCGGGCCCGCCCCUGGCGUCUUCAGCCCGGCCCAGGUCUCUGGAAUCCUGCUGCUCGACGCUGUGCUCUAUGGCCUCGCCACUUGGUGCCUGGAGGCCGUCUCCCCGGGCCAGUAUGGGAUCCCCAAACCGUGGAACUUUCCCUUUCGGAGAAGCUAUUGGUUUGGACCUCGUUCUCCCAAGGGCUCCACCCCGCCUCCCACCCCGAAGGACCCGGAGGGUGAGGCACGAGGAGACCUGACGGCUGCUUCCCUGUCUGUAUGCCCCAUGUCCCCCAAAGACCCAGGUUCCUACAGAGCCCGGUCCUCUGCACACCUCCACCCCCCCCCCCGGCUCCGUGGGGCUCCCCUAACGCCCAUAGGCCCCAGCCCUGAUGGGUCCCUGACUCCACGGGCCAGCGUUUGCGGCCUCCCAGGUCCCGCAGAGCCCCCCCCUACAAAGGGCUCCCGUGGUCGAGCCUGCCCUCCUCCCGCAGUGCCGACAGAAGAGGUCCCACCCGGCUGGAUUCCGGGGGUCUCCGUACGGGGCCUGGAGAAACGCUUUCCCGGCAACCCCCAGCCAGCCCUGCGUGGGCUCAGCCUGGACUUCUGCCAGGGCCAGAUCACCGCCUUGCUGGGCCACAACGGAGACGGCAAGGCCACCAUGCUGUCCCUACUGUGUGGCCUCUUUCCACCCACUGGUGGCUCUGCCCGCAUCCUGGGCCACGAUGAGUCCAGAAUGGGAGCCGUCCGGCCCCACCUGGGCGCCUGCCCGCAAUACGACGUGCUGUCUGACGUGCUGACCUUGCAGGAGCACAUCUGGCGGUCGAAGGGCCUGAGUGCAGGAGCUGUGAGCCCCGAGGAGGCCCGUCUACUGCAGGACGUGGGGCUUGUCCCCACGCGUUGUGCGCAGACCCGCCGCCUCCCUGGUGGGACGCAGCAGAAGCUUUCAGUGGCCAUCACCUUUGAGGGCGGCUCCCGGGUUGUCAUUCUGGAUGAACCCACGGCUGGUGUCGACCCUGCUUCCCGCUGCAGCAUCUGGGAGCUGCUGCUCAAAUACCGAGAAGGUAGGAGUUGGGGGAGGCACGAGGUUCCCCUAGAUUCCGAUUCAGCGGCCAGAAAAUGUCCCGCCCAGCUGCUGUCGCUCGUGCGGUGCCUGGUGCCCGGGGCGCGGCUGGUGAAGGAGCUGUCCUACGGACCCUCGGCUGAACGGCGACCCUCAAACCUGAACGCACCCCUGAUGGCCCCACAGAUCGCCAGCCACAAGCGGCACCUGGGCGCGGGCCUCGCUCCCCCAGACGUGACCUCACGGCUCAAGGUUCUUCCGGAAGAGUCGGCCCUGGAGAACGGGGAGCUAGCGACGGCUGCCCCGGAAACACGGGUCCCGCAGGGCUUCGGGCCAGACCCCGCGGGCCGGGGACAGGGCUGGGCGCUGACCCGCCAGCAGCUCCGGGCCCUGCUUCUCAAGCGCUUUCUGCUUGCCGGCCGCGGCCGCCGUGGCCCGUUGACGCAGAUGGUGCUGCCUGUCCUCUUUGUGGGCCCGGUGCCGGUGCUCAGUCUCCUCGCGCCUCCUGACGGGCCGGAACCUGUCCCGACUUCCUGGUCAAGACCCACCCCCGCCUGGUGCGCCAGGGGCCAGCCGCCACCUGCACGCGUUCAGUUUGCCCAGAGGAGGGGGCCGGCGCUCCGGAGGCUCUCCGUGCCCCCCCGCCCCUGCAUCUCCCGCAGCCUGAAGACCAAGAAGUGGGUGACGAGGUCAGGUGAGGAGGGCCGUUCCCGCGCCCCCUGCCCACCCGCUAGGAGGCUUUCCUGCCCCACCCUCCCUGAGCCCACUGCCCAGCAGGUAUGGGCGCUUCUCCCUGGGGUCCGAGACCCAGGCCUGCCCUCAGGGCAAGAGGUGAGCCACUCAGUGUGGGGGCUGCCGGUGCUGCUGAACCCCCGACCCGGCGGGGCCCUCGACCGUGUCCUGAGCAACCCCACAGCCUGGGCUCACGGCCCGGACACCGAGGACAGCCUCCGGAUCUGGUUCAACAACAAGGGCCGGCACGCCGUGGUGGCCUUCAUCUGCAGGGCCAACGACGCGCUCCUACGUGCCCACCUGCCCCCAGGCCCUGCCCGCCACGCCCACAGCAUCACCACGCUCAGCCACCCCGAGGCUGCGCUGACGCGUGGAUCCUUGACGGCCGCCUCGGUGGACGUGCCCGUCUCCACCUGCGCGGUCUUCGCCGUGUCUUUCGUCCCAGCCAGCGUCACCCUUGUUCUCAUCGAGGCCGGGCCUCUGCAGUGUAUGGGGGGCCCGCCUCCCACUCUUCACUGGCUCAGCAACUUUCUCUGGGACGUGUGGAACUACCUGGUGCCAGCGUGCGUGGCGGCGCUCACCUUUCUGGCUUUCCAGCAGAGGGCGUACGUGGCUCCCGCCAACCCGCCUGCCCUCCUGCUGCUGUUACUGCUCUAUGGGUGAAGCCUCCGCCCCCCUCGGAGCUCGUUCUUUCGUGUGCCCGGCACGGCCUGUGUGGUGCUCACCUGUGUCAACCUCUUCGUCGGCAUCAAUGGCGGCACGGCCACCUUCGUGCUCCAACACUUCUCUGGUCGGAAGCUGCAGGAAAUGAGCCGCAUCCGGAAAAGGGGCUUCCUGGUGUUCCCCCACUUCUGCCUGGGCCGGGGGGCAGUGGACAUGGCGUGAGACCAGGCCGUGGCUGACGCCUUCGAGCGCUUAGGAGACGGGCAGUUCCAGUCCCCCCUGCGCUGGCAGGAGGUUGGUAAGAACCUCUUGGCCGUGGUGGUACAGGGGCCCCUCCUCCUCCUCCUCCUCCUCAUGCUCUUGGCGACCGCCUGCUGCCACGGUCAACCCCAGCUGAGGUCGCUGCCCCUCACCCCCACCCCGGGGCAGGAGGAUGAGGAUGUGGCCCGUCGGGAGCGGGUGGCCCGAGGGGCCACCGAGUGGGACGUGCUGGUGUCGAGAGACCUGACCGAGGUGGGCGCAGUGCUGGGUUGGGGGCUCCCGCUGGCCCACCCACCCUCUCAGGGACCUGAACACCUCCCAGGCGUGCCGUGGGCAGAGGGACGCCAGCUGUCGAUCCCCCCUGGUGGGGUGAGAGUCCAGGGUGAAGGUCCUGAGGCAGGGGCAGUGAGGGGCUGCCCUACUGUGCGCCCACUGCCCUUUACUGAACAACUGAGCACAGGUGCCCGCGCGCUGAGCAACUACGGACAGUGGGGCAGGGAUCUGAGACCUUGCCGAGUGCCGUCUGCGGGGCACCCGCGGUGUUUCGGGCCCGUGGGGGUGAACGGAGCAGGGAAGACGUCCACGUUUCGCAUGCUGGCGGGGGACGCGCUGCCCGGUGGUGGCGAGGCUGUGCCGGCUGGCUACAGGCACGACCGCCCCUGUUUGCCCCCCCCCUCCCCCGAGUGGCCAGGGCCUAGCCAACUCCCUGAGCCCCCCGUCCCCUGUGCCCCAUCCCCCAUUGCCAGCAUGGCCGGGAACCUUCCGCUGCGCACCGCCACAGGGGCUAAUGCCUCAGUCUUCGAGCUGCUGGCCGGCCUCCAGCACCUGGAACUCUUCGCCGGAAGCUCAGGUUCCCCAGACAGCGAGCUUGGGCGCGGCGCGCCUGGGGCUCCUGCAGUUUCGGACCCACCUGCGGGCACCUACAGCGGAGGCAACAAGAGGAAGCUGGCGACAGCCGUGGCGCUGGUGGGGGACCCGGCUGUGGUCUUUCUGGUGCGUGGGGGCGGGCCUGGGGGAGACGGCUCGGGCUCGGCUGAUGAGGGCAUCCCCCCCGGAGAGUGUGUGGCGCUCUGCACGCUCCCGGCCAUCACGGUGACGGGCGGGUCCGCUGUCCGGGCGGCGCGCAGCCCCUCGAGAGCAGGUGAGCGGGGCCACAAGAGCGCAGACACGGCCACGCGACGCCCACCCGGCUCUACCCUGAGCGGAGGCGAGGCUCGAGGGCUGGCGGCGGGGCCGAACGGAACCGGGACGGGUCCCGGGGCUGCCGGACGAGGGUGGGUCCGGGGAAGGGGCGGGCCCGGGAGGGAAGAGGGCGGGGCCCGGAGCGGGCGCGGCCCGAGGGGGCGGGGCUGGGGAAGGGAUGGGCCCACGGGCGGGCGAGGCCCGGCAGGAGGAGGGGGGCGUCUGGAGGGGCCAGGUCUCGGGGGGCAGGGCCAGAGUGAGCUGGAGGGUGGUGUGGGCGGGCCUCGGGCGUGUCCAGCAGCCCCCGGCCCCGCCCACCCACCCACCAACCCACCCGGGUUUGGCGCCGGCCACACGCUGACCCUGCGGCCCGCAGCGCGGUCCGAGUUGGCGGAGGCCUUCGAGGCGGCCGCGUUCCGCGGCCGCCCGCGCUUUCAGGUGCCGCCGGGAGGGCGCUGCGCCCUGGCUCGCGUCUUCGGAGAGCUGGCGUGGCGCGGGGAGGAGCGCGGCGUGCACUUCUCAGGGAGCCAGACCACGUUGGCGCGGGCGCCCGCCGCGCCUGGACGGGGCUGAGGAUAAGUGGGGCUGGGGGCUGGGGGCUGGGGGCCGGGCCGGGGGCUGACCGCCCCUCCGGCCGCCCUCCCCCAGGUGCUCCUGUACUUCUCCAAGGCCCAGGGGGAAGAGGAGGGGGACGGGUAGGAGGCGGGAGUGGGGGCAGGCCUCGUGCCACGCCCACAGCACCCCGACUCCUCACUGGGCUCCUCGAGGACCCCAGCACCUCCUGUGUGGGGUUGCUGGGAGACUCCGGCAGCCCAGUCGCAGGCUCUCAGAGGAUCCAUCGCCCUGGAGGAAAUAGAGAACUCAUGGGGUGAAACCGCGCGCGCGCGCGCGCGCGCGCGCGUGUGUGUGUGUGUGUGCGCGCGCGCGCGCGCACAGGCUGCAGGUCAGUCCAAACACGGCUCUCCAUAUGCGUCUGGACACUGGCCCCUGUUCCCCGAGUGUCCCCCACGUGU